AUGGAGCAAACACGCACGCAUGCAGAGGAAGCCAACACUUCUAUAGCGAAAAAUGUUAUCUCUUUUGCUGACGAGGUAACCGAAAGAAGCAAUUGUGUGAGCGAUAAUGUGACCGUUUUGUUGAAAUCCAUACGUGAAAGAAGCGAAGCAAUCCAGGCGGCUGUGGAAGAAAAUGAGAACGUUCGCAAAAAUGAUCAGAAUAAUCAAGUGAAUGUUGAAAACACAUUUGCCCAAAAUUUGCGUGAUCGCCUUGGAAAGGUGAAUAAAGAGAUGUUAGCGAUGGUAGAAGAAAACUAUCUAAGUCCGAAGAAAACAGGUAAAACACCUCUGAAGUCGCACUAUUCGGUUCCAAAGGACUCCGAAAUACCGCCGGUGCCGAAAAAGGAGAAAAUUCUUGCCUCAAAUGGAUUGGAUGUUCAGACACCACGCAGGUCAACGACUCGAACUCGUGAAUCCUUGUUGGAAGUUCAAAACAUCUGCCUUUCACCAGAUACCCUCGCUGCUGCCAGGAAAAGUCGCUUAGAAGACAUCGGAGAGGAGUCCUCCAUCAGUCUUUCCAAUCGAGCGAACAGUGAAUCUUUGAAGGAAGGCCAAGAAAAUUAA